AUGAAUUGUGAAUUGGCCAGAUCUGGUCCACCGGCAACUAUAGUUGCUAUAGAUGAAGAAAGCAGGAAUGGAACAAUUAUUGUGGACAAUAUGCAAAUCAAAGGGACAGCUGUAGGCCUUUUCCCCACUAUUCAACUCACCUUGAUAGAAAAUGUGGAUUACUGGGUGAUAUUAGAUCCCAUUAAACAGACACUAUAUCUCAACAGCACUGGGAGAGUCUUGGACAGAGAUCCACCAAUGUCCAUCAGGACCUUUGGUGUCAAAAUUCAAUGUACAAAUUUAAAGGUUGGCAGCAUCAUUACCCAUGAAGUGCGAGUAGUUGUGAGGGACAGGAAUGAUAAUUCACCACAAUUUAUGCAAAGCCGCUACUUCACAUCAGUCAAUGAGCUAACACCUGUUGGUACCACAAUCUUUACAGGCUUUUCAACUAAUGGCGCUACAGACAUAGACGAUGGUCCUAAUGGUCAAAUUGAAUACUUCAUAAUUUUCAAUCCCAAUGAUACAGCGUCAAACCAGACGUUUGACAUCCCACUAACCCUGUCUGGAGCUGUGGUAUUGCGUCGGAGGUUGAAUUAUGAAGAAAAGAAACAAUACUUUGUGAUAGUUCAAGCUAAUGAUCGUCCCCUCAAUCCCAAUGAAAGAAGAACAAGUACAGCUACCCUGAUAGUUGAAGUCCUUGAUGGUGAUGACCUCGGUCCAAGGUUCCUUCCUUGUAAUAUGGUAACAAAUACCCGAGACUGUUGGCCAAUAACCUACAGAGCAAGCAUACCAGAACUGAGUCCUCCAGCAAAAGUGAAUCCGGUUAAUAUCACACCACCUAUACAAGCUGAAGAUCAAGAUAUGGAUAUAUUACCAAUUUUUGACCGCCCUGGAAUACUUUUCUCCAUACUUAUUGGUACUCCUGAGGAUUAUGCACAAUAUUUCCAUAUGAAUCGUACAACGGCUGCGCUUACACUCCUGAAACCAGUAAAUAGAGAUUUGCACCAGAAAUUUGAUUUGGUGAUUAAGGCAGAACAAGACAAUGGCCAUCCACUCCCAGCAUUUGCCAAUCUUCAUAUAGACAUCUUGGAUGAGAACAACCAGGCUCCAUAUUUCACUUUUUCGACAUAUGAGGGUUAUAUCCUGGAGUCUUCUCCUGUUGGAACAACUAUCUCCGAAAAUCAGAACUUAACCGUUCCAUUGAGAUUUUUAGCUCUGGAUAACGACAUUGAAGAAACAAAAGACCCUCAACUCUACCUGUAUUUAACAGACUACAGUACAGUUUUCUCGGUAACACAAACUGGAAUUACUCGGCAUAUCACUUUGCUUCAGCCAGUUGACCGUGAACGUCAGCAGCUUUACAAAUUUUCAUUAGUGGCUUCAGAUGGUACUCAAGAAAGUUCUCCAGUCACUGUGAACAUUAUUGUUAUUGAUGCUAAUGACAACACCCCAACUUUUUCCAGCAUCUCCUAUAACAUCAAGAUCUAUACAGACAUGGCACCUGGCGAGAGCAUAAUAAAACUUACAGCUGUUGAUGCAGAUGAAGGUGCAAAUGGUCAGAUUAUAUAUGAAAUCCUAGCUGGAGCUCAAGGACAGUUUGUCAUUAAUAGCAAGACGGGGGUCAUCACCAUUACUCCAGGAGUCAUUCUGACUGUUGGGGAGUCAUUUGCUCUUACUGUGAAAGCUUCUGACAAUGCUCCUCUAGCACAAAGAAGGAGCUCCAUUACUACUGUUUAUAUUGAGGUUCUUCCACCGAACAACCAGAGUCCUCCACGCUUUGCACAAUUGAUGUACAAUCUUGAAGUCAGUGAGGCAAUGCGUAUUGGAGCUAUUCUUCUAAAUCUGCAGGCUACAGACAGAGAAGGAGAUCCAAUUACUUAUUUAAUACAAAAUGGAGAUCCUCAAAGAGUCUUCAACCUAUCUGUAAGCUCUGGGCUUUUAAUCUUGGCAAAAGCUUUAGACAGAGAAAGUACAGAUCGCUACAUUUUGAUAGUGACAGCAUCAGAUGGCCGCCCUGAUGGUACAUCAACUGCUACUGUUAAUGUGGUGGUGACGGAUGUGAAUGACAAUGACCCGGUCUUUGAUCCUUACUUGCCUAGAAAUCUCUCAGUUCAAGAAGAAGAAGCAAAUGCUUUUGUCGGUCAAGUCAGGGCAACAGAUCCUGAUGCUGGAGUCAAUGGUCAAGUUCGUUACAGCCUGGCAAACCUCAAUAAUGUUUUCCGGAUCACAUCCAAUGGUAGUAUUUAUACGUCUGUAAAGCUGGACAGGGAAAUAAGAGACUAUUAUGAACUGAUUGUGGAGGCAACAGAUGGAGCCCUCACCGACUCUCGACGUUCUACAAUAACACUGGCUAUUAAGGUUAUUGAUAUCGACGACAAUAUCCCUGUAUUUACAAAUGCCUCAUAUGCCGUCUCUGUACCGGAGAACAUGAUGCCAGGAACAGUUUUUCUAAAAGUUCAGGCAAGGGAUGCUGAUCUUGGCGCUAAUGUAACUUAUCGGAUAAGAACCCAGGAAGUUUUGCAGCUUUUUCAAAUAAACUCGUCAACAGGAGAGCUAUCUCUUUUAAAACUACUCGACUAUGAAUCAUUCACUGGCAAGGAGGCUGUAUAUAUAUUUCUUGUUGAAGCUUUUGAUUCCAUGGGAAGCAUGCCUCCUGGAAUCGCUACUGUAACAGUGAGAGUAAAGGAUAUGAAUGACUUCUCACCUGUAUUUACCAAAGCCAUCUACUGGGGAAUGGUGGCUCCAGAUGCUAUGAAGGGCACUGUUAUUGUUACAGUUUCUGCUGAAGAUCAUGAUCCUCCGGGUACGCCCGCAAGUCUUGUGAGGUACAAGGUGGAUGUGUCCGUAUUUCCAUAUAGUGCUAGUAUAUUUGAUGUAGAGGAGAAUACUGGUCGAGUUAUAACCAGGGUUAAUCUCAAUGAAGAUCCCAGCACAAUAUUCAGGCUGGUUGUGAUAGCUUAUGAUGAUGGCGACCCCGUGAAAUCUAAUAACACAAUGGUAAUAAUAACAGUUCUGCAGCCAUCUAUAAUCCCACGGUUCACUCAAGAUGAAUACAGGCCACCUCCAGUGAGUGAAACUGCUCCAAUUGGCACUACAGUUACUGUGGUAAUGGCUGCAGCCAUAAACCAGACUAUUGUGUACUCUAUCAUCUCAGGGAAUGAUCAAGGUAUGUUUGCCAUUGAUAACAUCACAGGGGUUAUCUCUGUUGUAAAGCCACUGGACUAUGAAAAUACUACAAGCUAUGAACUCAGAAUUCAAGCUGAUUCUAUGCAAGUGGCUAGAUUUAAUCUACGAGCAGCUUCUAAAAGUAAUACAGCUAUAGUAUACAUUGAAGUGCAGGAUGAAAAUGAUCAUGCACCGCAAUUUUCAAAAAAGCUUUAUCUGGGUGGAGUGUCAGAAGAUGCCAGAAUGUUUGCAUCAGUGCUCAAAGUGAAGACUACAGAUAGAGACACUGGAAACUACAGCAGCAAUAGUUAUAAACUAAUUGUGCCCCCAAUCAAAGAUGGGAAAGAAGGUUUUGUUAUCGAAUUCUAUUCUGGAGUCAUCAAAACUGCAAUGCUUUUCAAGAACAUGAGAAGAUCUUAUUUUAAAUUUGAAGUUGUUGCAACAGAUGAUUAUGGAAAGGGGUUGAGCAGCAAGGCAGAUGUAAUUAUUUCUGUGGUCAACCAGUUGGAUAUGCAAGUUAUUGUUUCUAAUGUUCCUCCUACGGUUAUGGAAGAAAAUAUAGAGGAUCUUAUAAGUAUUUUAGAACGUUAUGUCCAAGACCAAAUCCCAGGAGCGGCAGUUGUAGUGGAAUCGAUUGGAGCCAGAAGGUUCGGAGAAGGUUUUUCAGAAGAGGACUACACUCAGUGUGACCUGAUGAUUUAUGCUGUUGAUCCACAAACUAACCGAGCAAUAUCCCGUAAUGAACUUUUUAAAUUUUUAGAUGGCAAAGUUCUCGACAUAAAUAAAGAGUUCCAGAACUAUAUUGGCCUUGGAGGGCGUAUCUUGGAGAUCCGGACCCCGGAUGUAGUAGCCAAUGUUAAGAAGCAAGCUCAAGCUGUAGGCUACACGGAAGGAGCUUUGCUUGCACUGGCUAUUAUUAUCAUCCUCUGCUGUAUACCAGCGAUAUUAAUUGUGAUGGUCAGCUACAAACAGUUUAAAGAGCGGCAAGCUGAGUGCGCAAAGACAGCAAGGAUCCAGAUGGCACUGCCAGCAGGAAAACCAUCGACUCCCGCUGCCAAUAAUCUGUAUGAAGAGUUGGGUGACAGCACUAUGAGAGGAUACGCACAUCAAGAGCAACAGCAAUUGCUGAGACCAUCUCUUCUGAAGCCUGAGGAAUUGUCUAUGGAGUCUGGAAUUGAUCCUGGCCAAGAAUAUUACGGACAAGACUAUUAUAGCUAUGAGCAUGGGUAUGAAUUGCCACAAUAUGGAAGUCGACGAAGGUUACUAUCACCAUCUGGAUUGUAUGAAGACUAUGGAGAAGUUGUUGUUGAGAAUGAUGGUAGCUAUUACUACAGUCCACAUGGACCUGCAGCAGAGGGUGAUAUGGCUAGAAAAAAGAGGAUCAAAUUUGUUGUGGAUCGAGAAUAUGAAACUAGCUCCACUGGAGAAGACAGCGCUCCUGAAUCCCAACGGAAUCGUCUGAACCAGCCAAACAUUCAAAACAACGUCAAUGGGAAUAUUUACAUAGCCCAAAAUGGGUCUGUUGUUAGAACCAGACGUUCUUGCUUCACAAAUAAUUUAAAAAUGGCAUCCCCUUCAAGGCUUGGGAAGCAUUUUAAGAAACUAGAAAAGCUUGGAGUAACACACGAGGAAAACAUCCAACUGAACACAUUAUCUAAAGGAGCCUCUAUCAAACAUAACACUAGGCCAUCUAGUAUAUCACUGGCCUCUAGCACUGGAGUGACCAAAAAUAUAAUAUCCAAGAUUGGGGACAAUAAAUUAAAAAGCACAGAUGAACAGGAAUCAGUUGUCGAUAAUGAAGACAUCAAAGAGCCUUUAGAAUUCCACAGUGACCAGACUCAGUCAGAUGAAGAGGAGCUCUGGAUGGGGCCGUGGAACAAUCUUCACAUACCAAUGACAAAACUAUGA